GCGGGCGGCAGGGUACACUCCAGCCUGGGUAGGUGAGCCGGCUGUGCCCCAGGCCGGAUGGGUAAGCAGGCUGCACUUCACGCCGGAAAGGUGAACCAACUGUCUUCCCUGGCUGCGUUCUUCUCACAGAACCAUGAAGUUUCGGGCUAGGAUCUCCAGCAAGCGUUUUCUAGAGCUCUUUAUCCAGGUCAGCGGCACCGUAGCAAGGCUGGCAAAGGUCUGUGUCCUCCGCGUGUGCCCUGACAGGCUGUGCUUCUGCCCCACUGGGCUGCUGGGGGAGGCCCAGCUGUGGGGUGAGGUGAGGCAGGAAGCCUUCCACCGCUUCUGCAUGGAGGGUGUUUCGGAGGAGUUCAAUGAGAUCUAUCUAGAGCUCAUGGCUGAGCAUCUGGCCAGAGCGGUGAGGAAUGCAGGCAACGCUUCAUCCCUGAAGCUCCAGCUCACCAACAAGCAGCGCCCCUGCCUGACUGUGGCGGUGGAGCUGGCGUCCUGCCCCGGCCACACCCGCGCCAUGGUCCACGAUCUGCCUGUGAGGGUGCUUCCCCGGAGGUGGUGGAAAGCGUGCACCGCGCCCCGGGUUCGGGCCUCUGAUGUGAGUGUUUAUCUGCCAGCCUUGAAGACCCUGAAGAACAUCGUGGAGAAGAUGGCAAACGUGGGAGAUCGUGUGCUGGUGGAAGCAAAUCUAAACGGCAAAAUGAACUUGAGCGUAGAAACUGAUACAGUGACUAUUAAAAGCUAUUUUAAAAAUCUUGGAAUUCCUCCCAAAUCCGUUCUGGGUCUGUCUCAAGGCAAAGACCCGGAGAACAUGGUGCAAGUGCGGGUAAAUAACAGGAAGCUCCUACAGUUUUUCGACGGACAGCAGAUAAACCCCACAGUGGCCUUGUGUAAUAUUUUGAGCAAUACUCUGCUUCAUCUUGUUUUGGUUCAUGAAGACACCUCUCUUCAGUAUUUUAUUCCUGCUUCAUAAAUACUCAAGCAGCCCCGAUUUUCAUUUUU